AUGGAUCUCGACUGGGGGUUUGUGCCCAUAAACGAUGUUUCGGAUCGGGGUAUCCAGGACCUGACCUUUGACGGUCUUUUGAAAGAGCCUCUUAAGGUUCAUCAAGACGGCGGGGCUGCGGGCUGCGGCGGUCGUCUUUGGCCUGCUGGCGAGCUCUUGAGCCGCUAUCUAAUUAGACAGGCUGAGAUUCCGUACCGAAAAAUCAUUGAGCUUGGAAGUGGCACGGGAUUGGCCGGUCUGGCCGUCGCCGUGGGGCACCCGGAGGCUGAUUUCGAGCUCUACAUCACCGACCAAGAAAACCUGAUGCAUCUCAUGGAGGAAAACAUUGUGUUGAACAACCAACAACAAAGGGUCAAGGCACGGGUUUUGAACUGGGGUGAAGAGUUGCCGGAGUACGCAAAGGGCGCCGACCUCAUUUUAGCCGCCGACUGUGUCUAUCUCGAGUUUGCCUUCCCGCUUUUGGAAAAAACAUUGCUGGAUCUAACCAACGAUGGCACUCGUGUUCUGAUGGCCUACAAGAAACGACGCAAAGCCGACAAGCACUUUUUCAAACGCAUCAAAAAGAACUUCGACGUGGUCGAAAUCAGAGAUUUCCCCGAGUACGAGCAAUUCCACCGUGACGUGGUCUAUCUCUUUGAAAUUAUCCGCAAAACCCCUCCGCUAAAGCCUUAA